GGAGAAUCAGGACCAACACCCUCCUGCCACCCAUCAGGCCAAGGACAGCAUGAAGAGACCACCUCCCAUGUCCCCUGCCUCUGAACCCAUGGAGGCAUGAUGGCCCAGGCAGACCCACUGCUGCUGCUGCUGCUCCUGCUACUGCUUUUGCUGUUAAUGGGCUCCCAGGGCCAAGGGCCUGAAGAAGUGAAUUUGCAGGAGGGGAGGACACUCAUACUGAGAUGCAGAUACAAUCCCCAAAUAUAUGAGAGGAGGUGGAAAACCUGGUGUAAGUGGAGAGAGAAUGGAGGGGUGUGUGAUAGACUAAUUACCAAGAACUCAGGCUCUCUCUUGGAAAUCUGGGACCCACGAGCCUCCCUGAAGGAUAACCACAACACUGGCAUUAUGACCAUCAGUAUGUCUGAGCUUAGGGUGGAGGACUCAGGCAACUAUUCAUGUGGAAUCUAUUACCUGGACAUCCCUUUAAUUGAGGUUAUCAGGACAAUCAGCCUCCAGGUUUCUCCAGCCCCAACAUUGAGGACCAUCAAACAUUCUCAAACUACCACUGAGACACCUGUCACCACCUCUGCCACCCCCUUGGUCACCAGCAGGCCAUCACAUUCUUCCAUUUGCACCAGUUACCCAGUUAUCCAGGUACUGUCUUGGCUCAUUGUGACCAAAAGCCUAAUCUUCACAGCUCUGGUUGUUCUCAUGAGCACAUGCAGGUAUCUAGGGAAAGGAAGGAGCCACUGAGAGCUUUCUCAGCAUCCAAAUGGCCCGGGAUGAAAUGAAAUCAUUUCAAUGAAUAUCCCAACUUGAUUCAUGGUCCUGCCAUGCUGAGCUUUGCCUGGGCCACAGGCAAUGAGGGGCUUUCCCUCUCUGCACAAAGGAUCCAUCCACCAUCAUAUGCUGACACCCCCACCCAGAUCCUUGAAGCCCUUUGCCUGCCCUUCCAGCCCUGAGUGGACCUCUGAGCUCACCUCUUCUUUCCUCUUGUGCUAACACCCCCACACCCUCUGCCAUGUCUAUCCCUGGCUUUGUAAUUGCUCUGUAGGUGAGUCAGUCUGUCCCUCUUAAGCUUUAGAAUGGCUCCUCGUUGUCUUUGAAAUGAGGUUCAAAUUCCUGGUAUUCAAGGACUCUCAUGGUGUGGCCCUCAAUUAUUGAUCCAUUCUUGUUUCUAUUUCCCCACUGAGACUCUCCCCUGUAGUCAGACUGGGCUCUUCAUGUUCUCUGUAUCAAUGCAUAAAACUCCAGUCUGAAUGCUUGCCAGCUCUGUACAUAAGGAUCCCUGUGUGCUACAUUAUGACAA